UACACAUGAAAACUGCAGUCUGUUUUCUUCUUUCACACUCACAGAAAGAAAGAAGUAGAGAGAGGAAGCUUCAGUUUUGCUCUUACCUCGGUAAUAUCACAUUAAACCAUAAAUUAAAAACAGAACGGAAGAACUGAAUGCUAAGGAAACUAGUGCAUUCAUGAUAAAAGAGCCAGGAAAGAAGGAAAGACAGAGAGAGUAUGAGAACAAUCAAAUAAACACGGCGGCUACAUUGGCAGAGUUUACAGGACCAGCUCUGACAUCAGUGAAGUGAGAGAGGAAGAAGGGUGCAACUUUGCUUUACGGAAACCGCUUGACAGUUUCAUGCUGACAGUCUGAAAAUAGGAAACAGUCGCUUAAGACAAACAAAAAGGGAAAGAGAGAUAAAAGGAUAAAACAAAGCCCAUUUAAGCCAAACCAUGUUGAUGAAAGAAUACCGGAUAUGCAUGCCGCUCACUGUCGAUGAGUACAAGAUCGGCCAGUUAUACAUGAUCAGCAAGCACAGCAGUGAGCAGAGCGGAGGGGGCGAAGGGGUGGAGGUCGUCCGUAAUGAGCCCUGCACAGACCCCAAACACGGAGCCGGACAGAUCACAGAGAAACGCAUCUACCUCAACAGCAAACUGCCAACCUGGAUAAGAAAGUUUGUCCCCAUGCUUUUUUAUAUCACAGAAACUGCCUGGAACUUCUACCCUUACACUGUAACAGAGUACACGUGUUCCUUCCUGCCGAGGUUCCAUGUCAAGAUAGAGACACACUUUGAGAAUGACAACGGCUGCGAUGAAAAUGUGUUUGGUGAUGACCCCACUCUAAAGGACAAUGUCUGCUUUUUGGAUAUUUUGAGUGAUCCAAUCCCUGACAAGCAUUAUAAGAAGUCAGAGGAUCUGAGCAACUGGGUGUCACAGAAAACAGGCCGGGGACCCCUUGUGGAUGGCUGGAGGAACACCACUAAACCCAUCAUGUGCUCUUACAAGAGAGUCACCUGUAGCUUUGAGGUCUAUGGCUUUCAGGGGCGAACAGAGGACUUCAUUCACAGGAACAUUCGUGACAUUCUGUUGGUGGGACACAGACAGGCGGUGGCAUGGAUUGACGAGUGGCAUGGAAUGACACUCGAGCAGGUGAGAGAGUAUGAGAGAAAACAGCAGGAGGAAACCAACAGCAAACUCAAGAGUGACAUAACCUGCACAGACUCUGCUCCUCCAGUGCGACCCAGCCUUACUCGCUCCAUCUCUGUUACGGAUGAAUCGUCACUGAAAAAGAUGGGGAUAAAGACUAUAGACAUGCCAAGCCCUUCCUCCCUCAAAAAUCCCAUGAGAUUAAACUCUACACCAGAAUAACACCACAUCGUCCCCUGCCAGUACCUACAUUUAACAAAAUUCUGGACUUGGACAUUCUCUUCUAACCAAAACUAGAAACUCAUUCCACAUUGUCACUCUCAGCCCUCCGUUCCAUCUGGACUUGCAUGCUUGUGUUCCAUGCAGAGGCUGGCAUCUAACAAAAACAUCUUACUGAAGAAUUGUAGAUAUUAUGUAAAAAGACUCUACCUUCUCAUGAAGUGAAAACAUAGUGCCUUAAUUCAUGUUUCACACAGACCUCACCAAAAUCAUUGCAUUGAACAAAUGAUCUAUUCCACUGCGUAUGAAUAUGAAGGGGACUACAGAAUGGAGAUGAAAAGCCUCUAUUGACAUAAUCAGUAGACUGUUUCAGUGAAUCCUGAUCAUAUGGAUUAUGGCAAUCAUAAGUGACUAGCUGAUUCUCUAGUGGGUUAUGGGUUAU